AGAAGAAAAUGGGGAGAGCUCCAUGCUGCGAGAAAGUGGGACUAAAGAGAGGGCCAUGGAGCUUUGAAGAAGAUCAAAUUCUCAUCAAAUUCAUUCAACUCAAUGGCCAUUCUAAUUGGAGAGCACUUCCCAAAAAAGCUGGUUUAUUAAGGUGUGGAAAGAGUUGUAGACUUAGAUGGACAAAUUAUCUAAGGCCAGACAUUAAAAGAGGAGAUUUCACCCAGGAAGAAGCACAAACUAUUAUCACUUUGCAUCAGUUAAUGGGAAACAGAUGGGCCGCUAUUGCCGCAAGAUUACCAGGAAGAACAGACAAUGAGAUAAAGAAUGUUUGGCACACCCACUUGAAGAAGAGAGUGAUCCAAAACGAAAUCCUAAAAGACCAAACCAAACAAAACAAGAACGACGACAAUCAUUUUCAUGAUCAACUCUCGUGUUCGUCAGAAAUCAAAUUGGAUGGAGAGGAAGAUAUCGAUCGAUGUAUUAAGAACAACAACGAUGACAAAGAUGCCGAGCUUGCAGAACUUGCUUUUGCUGAAGAUUUUCUCAAGAGUUUACUAUUGGAGGAAGAAUUUUCCGAGAACGAUUGGAAUAAUUUAGGAAAGGAUUGUGUAAUGAUAAAAGAUGUUGUUGAUGAAUCACCAAAAGAAGUUGAAAUUCCUUUGAGUGGGGAAGAAGAAAUGAGCAAUUGUAGUUCUUCAGAUACAGUUGAUAUCAUGGAUUUUUGGAGGAAUGUUUUUAUGAAAGAUGGAGAGUUGCAAGAAAUUAAUAUAUGAAUAUAUGAAUAUAAUUUAUGUGGGAUU